AUGCUCAGUAUAGGAGAAAGCCUUCUGCUUUUUGCAGCAAUCAGUGAAUCAAUACUGGGGACUAUAGGGAAUGGAUUUAUUGGAAUUGUGUAUUGCAUUGACUAUGUGAAGAACAAGAAACUCUCUCUGAUUGGCUUUAUUCUCACUGGCUUAUCUACCUCCAGAAUUUGUCUGACAUGGUUAAUAAUUACAGAUGGGUUAAUGAAGAUCUUCUCUCCAGAUAUCUAUAUCUUGAGUGGUUCAAUUGAUUGUGUUAGUUACUUAUGGGUAAUUUUUAAUCAAUCGAGUAUCUUAUUUGCCACCAGCCUCGGCAUUUUCUAUUUCCUAAAGAUAGCACAUUUUUCCCACCACAUUUUCCUCUGGUUAAAGGGAAGAAUCAAUAGGGUUCUUCCUCUUUUGAUGGGCUUCUUGCUCAUUUCCUGGUUACUGAUUUUCCCACAAAUUGUGAAGAUUCUGAAUAAUAAAAGCACGGAAAAUAAAAACAUCACCUCGUAUCUUUCCAAGUCGCUCCGUGAAUUCGUGAUCCACCAGGUCCUGUUCAACCUGGGAAGCAUUCUUUUCUUUACCCUAACCCUGAUGACCGGCGUCUUGUUGAUGAUCUCCCUCUGGAGGCACCGAAGGCAGAUGCAAGCCAACUUCACCGGAUCCAGAGACCCGAGCACGGCAGCACAUAUGAGAGCCAUGAAAAUUGUGUUAUCUUUCAUCAUCCUCUUCGUCUUGUAUUUUAUAGGCAUUGCUAUAGAAAUAUCAUGUCCGACUAUACCCCAGAACAAACUGCUCUUUAUUUUUGGCAUGACCACUGCGGCUGUCUAUCCAUGCGGGCACGCCUUUAUUUUAAUUCUAGGAAACCGUCAGCUGAAGCAGGUCUCGUGGAGGCUCCUACAGCAGCUAACGUGCCAGGAGGAGAGAAACCCUGUGAUUAGUGUCUCACUGAAUGAUGACUCCUGGUAUCACUUUAAGUUCCAUCAUGAAAGAAACAAAGUUUGGAAAUUUAAAGUGAGUAAAAUUCCUAGCUUCGAGCAUAUUAUUCUGAGCAUGGGGGCUGUUGUUCCUUUUAGUCUUUGCCCAAUCUCAUUUCUCUUUCUACGUUUCCCCAUGUUGCUCUUAAUGAUGUAUGCAGUCUUUCUUGUAGUAACAUCUAGCUUUCUGAUUCCUCAGGGAAAAUUGGGGAUGUUGGGUGGCAUAGUAACUGUCAUUUUCCCAUCCAUUCAUUCAUUCAUCCUGAUAAAGGGGAACAACAAACUGAAGAUGGCUUUUUAA